AUGGCUGCGGAUGCUUCUGAUGUCACCCAUGAGCGCGAGGUGGUUGCAACUUGCUGCGUUGUGCUUCAUGGCCUGCAGGGGGAGCACAAGGAGCUGAGGGACGUCCCAUUGCGGGAGACAUUUGCAGCUUUUUGCCGGCGUGUGCGAGAAGUGACAGGGGCUGUUGAUGAAGGACAUGAUGUUCAGCUGGUGCAUGGAGCUUGUGUUCUGACAGCGGCAGGAACUACACCGCUGAGUUCUCUGGACGUGUUCCAAUCUUCUGGUCCUCACGUCGAGCUGACAUACUUGAUCAAAGAAGUUCCGGGUAUGGGUUUCUAUCACAUGGUGCCAGGUUGGGGAGAAGAACAAACCCGACCCGAGUUUGAUCAAGCCCUCUUCAAUCGCCAGCGGCGCAGUGUUGAAUGGGCGAAAGAUGCGCAAGAAGCUCGGGAGAAGCAUCUGGAUCAGUUGGCGAUGGGUGCACUCCCUGGCACAUGGGACGAGCGUGAGCGGCGCAGUGUUGAAUGGGCGAAAGAUGCGCAAGAAGCUCGGGAGAAGCGUCUGGAUCAGUUGGUGGUGGGCUCGCUCCGUGGCACAUCGGACGAGCGUUCGCUUUGCAUGGGCAGCCGCCCUCGGCUUGCAGGGGAGGUCGCCGAUGCUGCUUGGUGGCGCCGCGCAAAAGCAUCGGAGAGCAACGGUGGCGUGGACAAGUCCCUUGCCGAGGAGAGCUUCUGCAGCAUAGGGACCUUGUCCACGGGCGAGGAAAGAAAGGUGAUGAAGGGAGAUUUACAAGAUCAUCGUAGCUUGCAGCUUUGCUUCUGCUCUACGACCAACAGUAUUCCCGCUGCGCCUGCGCACUUGCAUAUUGCACGCUUUCUGCCGGAGGGCCUAGGCUGUGAUAAGAGCAGCUGA